ACUGCAAGUCCAGAGAGCAAGGAACUUUACCUUGAGUAUUCUACUCACACUUAUGUCUCAGAGUUCCCCAAUUUCCCAAGAAGGGAGAGAUAGAGGCCACAAUCCAGGGGGCCAUCUCUCAAGUUACCAAUAAUUUUGCAGGAUCAAACCAAAAUGACAACUGCUCACUUUUACUGUCAAUACUGCACAGCAUCACUUCUUGGGAAGAAAUAUGUACUAAAGGAUGACAGUCCGUACUGUGUUACAUGUUAUGAUCGUGUAUUUUCUCACUAUUGCGAGGAAUGCAAAAAACCAAUUGAAUCUGAUUCUAAGGAUCUUUGUUACAAAGACCGGCACUGGCAUGAAGGAUGCUUCAAGUGCACCAAAUGCAAUCACUCUUUGGUGGAAAAGCCUUUUGCUGCCAAGGAUGAGCGCCUGCUGUGCACGGAGUGCUAUUCUAACGAGUGCUCCUCCAAGUGCUUCCACUGCAAGAGGACCAUCAUGCCUGGUUCCCGCAAAAUGGAAUUUAAGGGAAACUACUGGCAUGAAACCUGUUUUGUGUGUGAGAAUUGCCGACAACCUAUAGGGACAAAGCCUUUGAUCUCCAAAGACAGUGGCAAUUAUUGUGUGCCGUGUUUUGAGAAGGAGUUUGCUCACUACUGCAACUUUUGUAAGAAGGUGAUAACUUCAGGUGGGAUAACAUUUUGUGACCAGUUAUGGCAUAAAGAGUGUUUUCUGUGUAGUGGCUGUAGGAAAGAUCUCUGUGAAGAACAGUUCAUGUCCAGAGACGACUAUCCAUUCUGUGUGGACUGCUACAACCAUCUUUAUGCCAACAAGUGUGUAGCCUGUUCCAAACCCAUUAGUGGUCUCACAGGUGCCAAGUUUAUCUGCUUUCAAGACAGCCAGUGGCAUAGCGAAUGCUUUAACUGCGGGAAGUGCUCUGUCUCCUUGGUGGGUAAAGGCUUCCUGACCCAGAACAAGGAAAUCUUCUGCCAAAAAUGUGGCUCCGGAAUGGACACUGACAUCUAGGAGACAGUCCUUUCCCACCUAAAAUCCACUUUGCCUUCGUUGUCACUAAAGCCAGAACUCAGUUGCGGUCUUAUUUUUGACUUAAGUUUUAGAAAAUAUUAAUGUAGUUUAGAGUGGAAAAGUUUUUGCACACAUUUUGAUCGAACUAUAUUCUAAGCGCACAAAAAGCACAGUAGAACAGAAAUGAAUAUAUGCUAAAUCACAAAGACAACUCUCCUUGCAAAAUACUGCACUCUGCUGUUAGAAACAUAGGAAAAUAUCUCUUCAUAAUCAAAUAUAUGACAUAUACCUAGGAGCUGUGGAUGUAAUUACUGAAGAAUGAGGUUUUUCAUACCUGAAGAGUAAAAGAAAAACUAAGAGAUCAAACUGAGAGGUAUACAUGAGGCUAGUGUUUGCAUUCCUGGUUAUAUGUAAUGUGAUAAAUUAGCUAUGAAUGGUAAAAGAACAAAACUGAUCAGAGUAAAUUCAUUAGCAAUUAUCACAUUUAAGAAUUGUUAUCAUUUAAAAAUCAUCCUUUUUUUCCACACAUACUGACUGUAGAAUUAAAAAACAAAGCUACAAUUUUCCCUCAUACACACUGCUUCCACAGCUUGCUAGUUCUGUGUUUACUCAAUGGAAUAUGAGAACUGAGGACAUUAUGGCUCUCAUAAUCUGCAUAGGUAUAAAGAGGAUCAUUUCUACCUAGGGAUAGCCAAAGCAUGGGUUUCAACACGUUUUGUAUUAAAUGUAUUUUCAAAGUCCACAGUGAUUUUUCUAAACGCUUACAGAUUCCAUGAAAUAAAAGUCUAUUCUUUCAA